CCUACCUUGGACUCAACCAGAGUCUACCCUGGGGGGUUGGUGCUGGAGGAGUAGACGGUAACCUGUCAUUGGGGUCGUCGCAGGCAGAGGCGGUGGUUCGAGCACCGACCAUGAAGGAGAAGAACUGGCCGGCACUCCUCAUUCUGGUCAUCAUCGUGCUGACGGUAUGUGGAAACAUCCUGGUCAUCCUAGCUGUCUCAUUGGAGAAAAAGCUUCAGAAUGCCACCAACUUCUUCCUGAGGUCUCUGGCCGUGGCCGACAUUCUGGUGGGGAUACUAGUGAUGCCUGUAUCCCUCAUCAACAUACUCUAUGGAGUGUCAAUGCCUAUCCCGGUCAUCGGUCUCCAUAACAAGGACAAGGUGUUUGUUGACGGAAGCUGUGUCCUCAACGAGGAGCACUUCAUGCUGAUUGGCUCGUUCGUGGCCUUCUUCAUCCCAUUGGUCAUCAUGGUGGUGUCCUACUACCUAACCGUACAGGUCCUCCAGCGCCAGGCAACCGUCUUCCUCUAUGAGGGGAAGACUCUCUCCCAUCAGCCACUACACCCGCCGCCCACACCCUCUUACCCCAGAUCCCCGGCCCCAAACUUCCAAGUCCCAUCCAUAAACCUUGAGGCUCCUCCUCCUAGCAGACAAGGGAGUCUGAGCUGCCAGAAAGGAGCAGAUCAUGUCCGGCAGACCAGCCUCCUAAACACCUCCCCCUCAGAGGACAUCAGCAUAAUUCCAAGUUCCGAGGUGGCAUCCCAGCUGAGCUCGCCGGCGGGGCAUGAUCCACGGGACAGUAUUGGGAGACGGGGGAUGAUGCAGGCCAUCAAGAACGAGAGGCGAGCCUCCAAGGUGCUAGGGAUUGUGUUCUUCCUCUUCCUGAUCAUGUGGUGUCCUUUCUUCAUCACCAAUGUCACAUACGUCCUCUGCCAGGGUUCAUGCAAUGAGCCGCUAUUAGCCGAGCUCCUCAACGUCUUCGUAUGGGUGGGAUAUAUAUCCUCCGGAGUUAACCCUUUAGUGUAUACCUUGUUUAAUAAGACAUAUAGAAGGGCGUUUUCCAGCUAUAUACGUUGUCAGUAUAACACAGGGCCAAACGCCGGAGUUAGUAGUAAGUCGCUUGCAGUUACGAUGAUGCCGUGUCCGUCACAUGCCAUCGUGCCCAUAUUUGGACAUAAUGGUGGGAAUGGGAAGAUGGGAAGUGUGGACCGGAAUAGUAACUGUCGGAAUGGUGGUGGAGGGGACCGGGCAGAUGGGAAUGGGAUGAUCAGAGGGAUGGAACCUGUCGACCCCACAGAUGGCAGGAUGGGGAUGGAGAUGGAAUGUCCCGGGAUAAUGUCGGGAUUAAAACCCGGAAUGUCGGAGCUGAAGCUUUCCGUCGACAGCUUCUGCCAUGCCCAGGUGGAGCGCACCAGCAGCGUCUGAUUGGUUGAUUAGUUAAUUGAAUUAUGACAGCACCGCGUCUCAUUGGGUGACGAUGGAUGGAGGGGGACGAUACUGGGUUUGUCUUAUAGAGAGAUAGUGGACACAUCCACAGAGCACAGGGCCAAGGAAGGACCAUAGAGAUUCUAGACAGCCCAUCUCUUAUCUGUAGAAUGGGACGCCCUCAGUGACUCUGUCCAUGUUAAAGGUGGCAUAAGAGCCUUCUAUCCAACUCUAUGGGAUGGACUCAUCUUGACCUGGAUGUAAUAGAAAAGUACUGCUUCAAUCUAGAA